AUGGCAUUUCGGCCAACUGGAUGGACUUUCAACCCAUCAGCAGAAUCGAAAGUGUCAUCUCAUAAUACUACCAAAGAAAUACUAGAAAAGACACCUCUAUAUACUGUAGAUGAGAUCUCACCUAAUUACAAUACAAAGAACUUACAAAUAUUUGGAGUUCCUUAUUCUGAACAUUCUAGUUUUCGUGAACUUGCGGCAUUUGUUAUGUCGCUAAACGUAAAGCAAAUUAUAUCCACUGUUCCCGAGGGCUCUGAAAAAGGACGCAUAGAAAUGGAGGGUUGGUUAAAUAGAUGGCAAAAAGAAAAACAAAGCAAAAAAAUUGAAAUUGUACCCUAUCUCGAUGUAGAUUAUUGUUAA